AGUAAGCGGACGAACGAACGAACGAACGAAUGAACAAAAAAAGAUACAAAGUAGUUCGUGUCGUAGUUAUCGUCGCGACAUCGUCCUCGCUCAGGGGGUAAAAGGGAAAGAGAGAGAUAAAGAGAAAACAAAAGCAAAGUCUCGUUGUUGUUGGAUACAGGGUAUCGUUGAGUAACGAGUGCUUUUUCACGAUUAUUCACCUCACUUCGACGAGAUACAGGAAGAGAAGCAGAAGAGGAAGAAAAAGAAGGAGGAAGAGAAGAAGGUGGGAAGUGUCCGUCGAGCUCGGUGCCAUAUAUACAUGCACGCAUACAUGUAUAUAUAUACACACAUAUACUAUAUAUAUUUAUAAGUGUAUAUAUAUAUAUACAUAGAUACAUAUAUAUAUAUAUUUAUAUAUAUACACUAUAUAUACUGUAUUGGAAAGACAACGGCAUUGACUGCCGGUCGGGUCGUCCCCGUCGUCGCGAGUGAGCGCGAGUUAGUAGAAGAGGACACACGUUGCUCGACGAUCGUUUUACUCGACGACGUGAAGGCGAGGCAACGCGACGCGACGCGACGCGACGCGAAGCGACGAGACGAGUCGAGACGAGACGAAAAGAGAGACGGGAUGAGACGACGAACCGAGUCGUUCCUUCGUCCACGGUGUUGACCGGGUGAAAACUUCCUCGCGCUCUCCUCUUUUCUUUAAGAGAAGGGGAGAGAGUAAAUCGCUCGACGUUAAGCUGGUAUAUAUACGCACCAUACGUGGACGUUCAGUGGGAAGUGCGACACGUUGAGAUAACGUCGAAAUCGAACGAAUAAUAAACGUACUAUAUAACGACACAGAGAGACGUUACAGAACGUAAACAAUUGUUACAAAAGGGGAAAGGUGUGCGUCGUUGUUGGGUGUUAUCUUUACAAGUGGUAACUCGAUCGGAGAAAAGAGAAAGGAAAGAAAGAAAGAAAGAAAGAAAGAAAGUGGGAAAGGUAGAGAUAAACUAGGAAGCGGUGGGGGUGGGGUGGGGUGGGGGUUGAUCGAGAGAGAGAGAGAGCAAGCGAGCGAGAGAGAAGAGGGGUAAGUAGGUAAAGGGCAAAAGAGCGAGGAGAGAGAGAGAGAGAGAGAGAGAGAGCGAGAGCAGUCGUCUCGCGGCCGAGUUGAGGUGGUGGAAAGAGAGAGUGGUGAACGCAGCAGCAGCAGCAGCAGCACGUACGUGGAAGAGGUGGCCGAGGGAAAAGAAGAAGAGGAGCAAGAGGAGGACGAGGAGGAAGAGAAGAAGAAGAGGAAGAAGAAGAAGGAGCUUGUCGAAAGGAGUAAGAGGGAGGAAGGAAGGGAAGCGCGAUAGCGCGAAGAGAGCGGAAAGGAACUUGUUCUUGACGCUGAUAGAGUCGACGGUGCAGGAAGAGGGGGAGGAGGAAGAGGAAGAAGAGGAAGAGGAAGAGGUGGAGGCGGGAGUGAGAGAGAGAGGAAGAGGAGGCGGUGGAAGAGAAAGGGCAGCAGUGGUGGAAGAGGAAGAAGGCGACGUUGGCCGCCGCGUGGCUUCGAAGGACGACGAAAUUAUGAAGCGUAUAAAGUGCGUGCGAUCGGCCAUCAUAGUAGCUGUUGGCCGGUGAAUGUGUGAUCCGGGGGCAGCAGAGAUCCGCCGGAAUGACGAGCGAAGAGACGCCGACCGAGCAGCCCCCGGUAGAUGACUGCCUAAAGGAGCGAAAAUGGUGGUGCUUCUUGCUGUCGAGCAUCUUCACGUUCCUCGCCGGGCUGCUUAUCGUCCUCCUCUGGCGCGCGUUCGCCUUCCUUUGCUGCCGAAAAGAGCCCGAAUUCGCCCCAAAUGACCCGAAGCAGAAGGAGCAUAAGUCGAACCGCCAUGGGAAGGAGUUCGAGGGAACUUUUAUGACUGAGGCCAAAGAUUGGGCCGGCGAGCUGAUUUCCGGACAGACCACCACUGGACGUAUUCUUGUGGUGCUAGUUUUCAUUCUCAGUAUAGCAUCGCUUAUAAUAUACUUCAUCGAUGCCUCCAGCGAGGAGGUGGAACGUUGCCAGAAAUGGAGCAACAAUUUUACUCAGCAGAUAGACUUAGCUUUCAAUAUAUUUUUUAUGGUCUACUUUUUUAUACGCUUUAUCGCCGCCAGUGACAAGCUGUGGUUCAUGCUGGAGAUGUACUCGUUCGUGGAUUACUUUACGAUACCACCGUCCUUCGUAUCGAUAUAUCUCGAUCGGACGUGGAUCGGACUGAGAUUCCUCCGAGCCCUACGAUUGAUGACGGUCCCUGACAUCCUCCAGUACCUCAACAUUCUAAAGACAUCGAGCUCCAUUCGUCUCGCCCAACUCGUAUCCAUCUUCAUCUCCGUCUGGUUGACCGCUGCUGGCAUCAUUCAUUUGCUUGAAAACUCAGGGGAUCCAUUCGAGUUCACAAACCCGCAACAGCUUUCGUACUGGACCUGCGUGUAUUUUCUAAUCGUGACGAUGUCCACGGUAGGAUAUGGCGACGUUUACUGCCAGACGGUCCUCGGCCGCACAUUCCUAGUAUUUUUUCUACUCGUCGGUUUGGCCAUAUUCGCCAGUUGUAUCCCCGAGAUAAUUGACCUGAUCGGGACGCGAAACAAGUAUGGCGGCACUUUGAAGAACGAGCGAGGUCGCAGACAUAUUGUCGUGUGUGGUCAUAUCACCUACGAAUCGGUCUCGCACUUUCUCAAGGACUUCUUACACGAGGAUCGCGAGGACGUCGAUGUAGAAGUUGUCUUCUUGCAUAGGAAGCCACCAGAUCUCGAGCUGGAGGGACUGUUCAAGCGACACUUCACCACCGUGGAAUUCUUUCAGGGGACCAUCAUGAACCCCAUUGACCUACAACGGGUCAAGGUCCACGAAGCGGACGCGUGUUUGGUUUUGGCGAACAAGUAUUGCCAGGACCCGGACGCCGAGGACGCGGCCAAUAUCAUGCGCGUCAUCUCCAUCAAGAACUAUUCGGAUGACAUUCGUGUCAUUAUACAACUGAUGCAGUAUCACAACAAGGCCUAUUUACUAAACAUUCCAUCAUGGGAUUGGAAGCAGGGUGACGAUGUAAUUUGCCUGGCCGAAUUAAAGCUAGGAUUUAUCGCGCAAUCCUGCCUCGCACCAGGCUUCAGCACAAUGAUGGCCAAUCUCUUCGCCAUGCGAUCCUUUAAGACGAAAUGGUCGGUUGAUUGGUACCAGUCACCCAAUAUACAGGCUUGGCAGAAUGACUACCUACGUGGAACUGGAAUGGAGAUGUACACCGAGACACUGAGCCCUACCUUCAUUGGAAUGCCUUUUGCGAGAGCCACUGAGUUGUGCUUCACGAAACUGAAACUACUCCUGCUGGCGAUUGAGAUCAAGGGCGAAGGAGGUGUUGACAGUAAGAUCUCGAUCAAUCCACGUGGUGCCAAGAUCGCUGCAAAUACUCAGGGAUUCUUUAUUGCGCAAUCCGCGGACGAAGUCAAGCGGGCGUGGUUCUAUUGCAAAGCAUGCCACGAUGAUAUUAAAGACGAGACACUGAUCAAGAAAUGCAAGUGCAAAAACUUGGGGCAGCAGCAGCGCUCCUGGGGCCGGGACUUAGAUGUGGGGAUGAUGAUGAUGCAGACUGGCAUGGUGAAGGGAAACACUGCCUACAGCAGUUACUUAGAUGUGGCCACAUUCCGGAAAGGCGUGCGAGCUGUUCAAAUGGUCGGAAGAGCAAGUGAAGACUUCUCGUACCCAAACGACCACCAUCCUCCCCCCACAUUCACUCCGCCAGAACUGCCCAAGAUGGUUCACGUGAGAGGUGAGAUCAAUCGUGAACGAGAAGAUCCGAACGCAAUGAGGAAUCAUCGAAAUUCUGUCGGAAUGACAAUGAUGAAUUCGACGAAGCAAGUCAACAAGGUGAAACCGAACGUGAAUCGAGCGACGAACGAUAGUUUGUCGAGUCCCAAUCAGCCUUAUAAUCAGAGAUCGCAAGAAGAAUCCGCAUAUGCUGGCUACCAUCUCGCUUAUGAAGUGAAGAAACUUAUGCCAACGAGUAGAGCCUCGGGUGGUACAAACGUAAACAACAACGGUGGUCUUCAAGUUGGCAUCGCCGACGAUCAGGCAAAGGAUUUCGACUUUGAGAAGACCGAAAUGAAAUAUGACUCAACGGGCAUGUUCCAUUGGAGUCCAUCCCGUAACCUCGAAGACUGCAUAUUAGAUCGUAAUCAGGCGGCCAUGACAGUUCUAAAUGGACACGUCGUUGUUUGUCUGUUUGCCGAUCCCGACUCGCCUCUUAUCGGGUUGAGAAACCUUGUUAUGCCAUUACGAGCUUCCAAUUUCCAUUACCACGAGCUUAAACACGUAGUGAUAGUUGGGUCUGUGGACUACAUCCGCCGCGAAUGGAAAAUGUUGCAGAACCUACCAAAAAUAUCGGUGUUGAACGGUUCACCGUUGAGCAGAGCUGAUCUGCGAGCAGUCAAUGUGAAUCUAUGCGACAUGUGUUGCAUCCUGUCGGCAAAAGUGCCUAGCAACGAUGACCCCACCCUCGCCGACAAGGAAGCCAUCCUCGCAUCCCUUAAUAUAAAGGCCAUGACGUUCGACGAUACGAUCGGCGUGUUAAGUCAAGCGAAUAAUGAGCAAGGUAAUUUGACCACAGUUGGCAGCCCGAUCGUACUACAGCGACGAGGAUCCGUUUACGGGGCAAACGUGCCAAUGAUCACAGAACUCGUAAACGACAGCAACGUUCAGUUCCUUGAUCAGGACGAUGACGACGACCCAGACACGGAACUCUACCUCACACAACCGUUCGCUUGCGGUACCGCUUUCGCUGUGAGCGUAUUAGAUUCGCUCAUGUCGACGACGUACUUCAAUCAAAACGCGCUCACUCUGAUCCGUUCUCUGAUAACCGGUGGAGCAACGCCAGAAUUGGAGUUAAUUUUAGCAGAAGGUGCCGGUUUGAGAGGGGGUUACAGCACCGCGGACAGUUUAGCCAAUAGAGAUCGAUGUCGAGUCGGUCAAAUCGCAUUGUACGAUGGGCCAUUGGCUCAGUACGGCGAAGGAGGCAAGUACGGUGACCUCUUUGUCGCAGCAUUAAAAUCGUAUGGAAUGCUGUGCAUUGGUCUGUACAGGUACAGGUUUCGAGAUACAAGUUCGUCGUGCGAUGCUUCUUCAAAGAGAUACGUCAUUACAAAUCCACCGGACGAUUUCACACUCUUACCCACAGAUCAGGUUUUCGUGCUGAUGCAGUUCGAUCCAGGACUGGAGUACAGACCCAGCAGAGGUACCCGUGGCAAAGACGACGCCUCCUGACUGUUGCUGUGUAGCGCCCUCACCGACGGACCUUACUCUUACAUCUAAUUCACGCGUCGAAGGUCAUCAUGCCGCUCAUCAUUCCUGAACUCAUCCCGUCUUCUUCGUCGUUCGAGAAAGGAGAUGAAAUAUCACGCGUCCAUCAUCGAGCCUACGCGAGCCCCGUCCAUAGAAAAUCAAGCAAGCAAGCAAACAAAAAAGAAAAAAAAAGAAAGAAAUUACAAAAACGUCCGUUCUUUCUGUUCUAAUCAACGAUAAUCAGGAUUAUCAGCCAGCCACGCGAAUCCUUCCUUUUUUCUCUAUUUCUUUUUUAUCUCUUUCUUUCUCUCAAUCUAUCUGUCUGUCUAUAUUUAUUUUUAUAUUUCUCUCUCGUUCACUUUCUUUCUCUCUCUCUCUCUCUAUCUAUCUAUCUAUCUAUCUAUCUAUCUAUCUAUCUAUCUAUCUAUCUAUCUAUCUCUCUCUCUCUCUAUCUAUCUAUUUAUCUCUAUCUCUCUUCUCUCUCUUUUUGUUUUUCAUUUUUUCACAACCGUAUAUCCUUCACAGAACUUCCACGUUUCCUUUUUCGAUAAUAUUGCAAAUUCUGUGCAAUAAACGCGUGAUCGUGAAGAGAAAAAGGUCAAAAAAGAACGGACGAAAGUUUGCAGUACGAAGGAGAGGAUUGAGUGGAUGGAAAAAGUGGAUAGGAAGAUGAAAUUGAAGAUGAAGAGGAGAGGAAAUUAGAGAAAGAAAAUCGAAGGAGAAUUGGGGAAUGUUGGAAGUGGCAUGGUGAAACAUGGUCCGAGGGUAGCUACACGUGGUGCUCUCAAAAAUCAAUCAAAGUUGUCUUUUCCGUAAAAGGACAACUAUUAACGCAAGGACUGGUCGGCUUAUCGCGGAGACAAAAUGUGUGAUCGAGUCACCCCCUCCCCUUGCCCCUAUACACCUAAGAAAGCUCAAGAGAGGAGCGUAUAUGUAUAAUAAGUUAAGAUGCAGGAAAGCGAACAAACAACAACAACAACAAAACAACGGGAGAAAGGAGAAGGUACAGAGAACAGGUGGGAGGACUGACGUUUCACCGAUUCGCGGAGCCUUCCCCGACGUACUGUAAGAUGAUUCGCAGUGAAUUAAAAAAAAAAAAGAAGAAAAGAAAGAAAAAAAGAUAAUCACAAAGAAUAACGCGACGAAGCAACUUAAAAAAGAAGAAGAAGAAGAAGAAGAAGAAAAUAAAGAAAAGAAAAAACACAAGAUCAGAUAAAAAAUCAACGCCUCCGUGUGAUUCAUUCGAGAUUAUUUAAUUAUCGUAGGAUUAAAGAGACGAGGAACGAGAGUUGUUUCGUUUGUAAACAAAAGUAUAAAGAGAAGAAAGAGAAAGAAGAAGAUGAAAGAUAAGAGAAAAGGAAGGAGAAGACGGUGCAACGAGGAAAAGCCGAAAGCGAUUCGUCGAGAUUAAUUCAAACAGAAAUUAAUUGUCCAACGUUCGCCUUAUCUCUUUCUUAUUCUCUCUCGCUUUCUCUAUCUAUCUGUCUCUUUCUCUCUCUCUUUUCCUCUCUCUUUCUCUUUCUCUCUCUCUCUCUCUCUUUCUUUCUCUUUUCCUCCAUUUUCCCUCUCGUCCCCUCAAACCUGACUCUUUUCAUACCUCGACGUAAGAAAGAAAAAAAAAGAGAAGAAAAGAAAAGAAAAGAAAAGAAAAAGAAAAUGAAAAAGUAAGACGUGGAGACGUGAACAAAAGACAAAUAGAAUAAAUAAGCGAAGAGAUAAAACUAUAGAAACGAUAUUAUUAUAAAAGCAAAAAGACAAACGAUUUCAAUUGAUAGGAAGUGCAUCGAAUAAGAGGCCAAAGGGAAAGACGAUGGAGAGAUGAAGAAGAAGAUGAAGAAAGAAAAGGCAAAGAGGAGAUCGGCGACAAAGAUAAAAGAUGAAUAAAAAAUAUAAAAACCAAUAAAAAAAAGAAAAACAAAAAGACAAAAAUAAAUACGAAGAAGAAUAUGAGAAGGAGUACCGAAAGGGUUGAAAGGUGACACUGCUGAUGAGUGCGUGUAGAGAGAAGAAAAUCGUAGUGUGCCCGGAACUACUACGUACAUAUAAAAAGAAAAAAAAAACAAAAAAAAAUAUAAAAAAAAAAUACAAAAAAAAAAUAUAAAAAAAAACAAAAACAAAAACGUUGUAACCUUUACCUCGUGUGUCUUGCUUUACACAACCAAAUACGAAAGAAACAAUACAAAUUUUCAAUCUCGAGCACUUUGUACAGGUUUUACACAUACGCACGCACACGCACAUCGUAUCGGUGCAAAAGAAGAUGAGAAUGAGGUAGAGAAGAUAAGGAACGAAACAAAAAUAAAAAGAACGACAAAAAAAAAGAAGGAAAGAAGAAAUAGGAAGGGAAAAAGAAGGGGAACGUAUAUAACUGUGUUUUUUGAAAUAAUUUUUUGUAAGUACGUACGUACGUAUCGUGUAGCUUACCGGUUCUCUCUACGAUGACUACCAUGAUCGCAAAACUUUGGGACGUCGAGGAGCAGCCCCCAACCCCCUCCUAAUCCUAAACAAUGACGUCGAACGUCGUCGAAAGAGUUGAGAGUCGCGCAUCGUCUGUAUGUGUGUAUGUGUCUUUUCUUGCAUAAAAAAGAAAGAACUCUGAUCUCUCGCGUUCGUUUCAUUCGAGAGUUAUCAUUGUAUGAUAAAGGAACGUUUUGUGUGUGUGCGUGUGCGUGCAUGCGUGCGUGUGUGGUGUGCGCGCAUAAAUAUACAUAUACAUAUAUGUAUAUAUAUAUAUAUAUAUAUAUAUACAAAUACAUUAUAUAUAUAUGUAUAUAUACAUAUAUAUACAGAGCAAGUACACGUACAUAUACGUGUAUAUAUGUACGUUUUCUUGUGUAAUUAAAGAAGAACAAAAAUCACAAGAAAAAAUAUGAAAAACGUUCGAAGUCGCUCGCAUUUCCAUCCUCGAGCUAUUUCGGCCUGCAUUCACCGUCGUCUUCUUUUCUUCAUGUAUAACUUUCAUGCGAUUCCUUUCUCUCUAUCUAUCUAUCUAUCUAUCUGUCUAUCUAUCUAUCUAUCUUUAUCUGUCUCUUUUUCUCUUUCUCUAACUGAUAAACUAAUUUUAAUUUUUUUGUAUAUAUGUACGUAUAAGAGAUACGAGAGUGCUGUUCAUUCGUGAACGUCCCAAAGCCUAAAGACAUUUAUAAGACGUAAGGAUAAGCGACGAAAAAAGGACUCUUUUACAAUGACACGAGUGUAAGAGAAGAAGGGGUCAUAAGAAAGUAAGCGAGAUGUAAUCUUAUCGAAGAAAAAACGUUGGACGUUAAACACACACACGCACACACGCACACAAAGAUACACGUGCAACGUAUAACGUGUACGUGUUAAAUUAAGAUUCGAGAUAAAGUGGAAAAAAUGUUAGAUAAGAUAAUGAAAAAGAAAAAAAGAAAAAAAGGAAAAAGAAAAGAGAAAUUAUUCUAACGAAGCCAAUCAUACGUUUACGUACACACAAAACAGAUGUACACACAUAAAUACACUUUUCCAUGCGACGUGAAGUAAAUCGAUUAUAUAUAGGUAUUAUAUGCACAUAUAUAUGUACACAUAGCGCUCUCUCUUUUAUAUAUUUUUGUGAAACUCACCUGUGUAUAAAACAAAAGUAAAAAAAAAAGAAGAAGAAAAACAACAAAUAAGAAAAUAUAACGGACGUACAUAUAUAUACACAUAUGCCAAAGGAUAUAAAUAUACAUACCUACAUAUAACGGAUAAACUUGUGCACAGGUAUUGUACUCUCUCUUUCUCUUUCUCUCUCUCAUUCAUUCAUUUAUUCAUUUAUUCACUCAUUCAUUCAUUUAUUCAUUCAUUGAUUCGUUUGUUCCUUCUUUCAUUCAUUAAUAUAUUCUCUCGAUCUCCGAUAGUGCGUAUAUGUGUACGUGUUAAAUUCACGUAAACAUACACACACAUAGACGUGAAAGUAAAAAGGCUCGGUACUUAUUUACGUCCGUCGUGAAACCCGACGACGACGCGACUAAUCGUGUUUCUUCUUCGUGUUGGUCGCGUAUACGUGUAUGUGUGUGCGUGAGUAGGUCCACGUGGCUGGAGACGAGGGUAGAAGCGGAUGAAAAUCAAAAUACGAAGGGAAGAAUAAAAGAAAUGUUAAUUACGCGCCAGUAAAUUCACUUCGUUUUUCUUUUUUCUUUCUUUAUUAUUUCAUCCUUUUUCUCAUCUACUUUAUACCCUCGAUUUUCUUGCCAACAAAGGAACGGAACGUGCGUGUUAAUUAGCCUAGGACACAGAGAGCGAUAAAAAGAAAAAGGAGAAACUAAUUUAAAUGAAGAAAAAAAGAAAAGUAUUAAAAAAAAAUAAAUAAACACAAAUCGUAAAAAUAAAGACGAAAAAAAAGAAGAAGAGGAGGAGGAAGAAGAGGAAGAAGAAAAAGAAUAAACGAGUAAUUAAAAAAAAAAGGGAAGCUGAAGAUGUCGAGCUAAAUGAAUAGAUAAUGAUAUAGACGUGUCGUGUCUCGCGCGUGUGUGUGUGUUUGUAAUAAUGUGAUUAAGAAAAAAAAAGAGAAAAAAAAAGAAAAAACCCAUAAAAAAAAAAAUAAUCGCCGCCGCUACCGCCGCCGCCGCCGCCGCCGCUGUUGCGCUGUGCCGCUAAUUAACUUGCUGUUUGGAGUACCUAUUCAUCUGCACUGUUCACUGCCACUGCAGUUCGUAUUUUAAUUCGUUGUACAUAAACGUUUCUGUGUGUACAGCUCGAUUUCGAAGCGACGGGGAAAUGUCUCGAAGCUUGUGAAGUUGAACAUUAAUGAUGAUGAUAAUGAUGAUAAUGCUGAUGAUGAUGAUUAUGAUAACGAUGAAAAAAAGAAGAAGUAAUAGAAUGUAGACAUGCAUAAAAAAUGUGCAAACGAUCAAUGAGGGCACUUGGCAUGUAAUGUGAAAGACGAAAAUUUUCGAGCUAGAAUUUUGCAAAAAUUGUGUGUGUCCUCUCUGUCCGUCAAUCUGUACAUAUGUACGUUGUCUGUCUGUCUGUCUGUCUGUCUGUCUGUUUGUCUGUUUGUCUCUUUCCUCUCGAAAGAUCCUCCUUUAAUUUCUUACGGAGGAUCCGUGAACGCGCGCGACGGGAUGAGAGAAAAAUGAAAAGAGAAGAAAAGAAAAAUCGUACGUCCUUCUUUUCCGUCGUACGGCGAUCGAAGCUCGUUAUUAUUUGGAUACCGAAUGGAUGAUGAGAUAUUUUAAUUGAGGAAAUAAACGUACUAUAAUUAUUUUCGAAAAGAAAAAUGUGGAACGGGAACGAGACGAAAGUCUUCUCGUCUAGAAAAAUAUGUCAAGUUGAUUCAUAAGUAUAAGUGUCGUUAUAAAUAAGGAGUUAUUAUUACGAUAAAAUAGUACUUAUUUAUGACUUAACUUACCGCACAGUAGAAAUUCUUGUUUAAAAAAUAUCCUGUUUAUUCCGGCUGAUUCAUAGAGAAGUGUCAUUUCUUUGUAAUAAACUCUUAACUUAUUUAUGAAUUGACUUAACGUAUAAAAGGAAGACUGAAUUGUUUCUUUGCAUCCAAUUGGAGUUAGAUUUCUUUUUAAUGAAAAAAAAAAAAAAAAGAUAUAGGCACGUAUCUCAACUUUUAUACCUCUUUUUUUCUUUCUUUUUCUUUUUAUAAGAUAUUUACCAUCGAAUAUUACCAAUUAAAUUUCAUUAAUUGAUAAAAGAAAAUGAUUAAAAGGAAAAGAUAAAAGAUACGUUUGAAUCUUUGAAAGAGUCUCUUUUCUCGUCGACCUAAAAAGAAGAAAAAGGAAUAAGAAUAAGAAGUUAAAGUUUCAUGAAAUGUAAAUCUUAUUAACGAAAGCCCGACUUCGGGGCUCGUCCCGUCGCGCAAUAUAUACAGACAUAUUCGUGUCACGUAUGAUCGGUGCUCUGUCAUGUGUCGUGACAUUGUUCGAGGCAAAAAAGACUCGAAAAAGAAAAAGAAGAAGAAAAGGAAAAAAAGAUGAUAAGAGAAAAAGACAAAAAAACUGAUAAGAGAAAAUAAUAAACGAAAGAGUACGAAAUCGAUCCGAUGAAAGAUGAAAAAAUAAACAAAUCGAUGAAGAAACAAAUAUACGAAAUAAAAAAAAUAAUAAAAACAAAAAAAAACAAAAUAAAAUAAACUAAAAUAAAACGAGAAACUCGUUGGAGCCUUGCGUAAAGUCUCGUCUAGACGAAUCGGUCGACGAUUUGCGUCCUGUCGCGACGGAGCCAGGGAAAGCUUCGUUCGUGAUCGAUUUUCAAACUGAGAGACAGUUCGAUGUUCGUUCGCUUUCGAUUAAACGACUUUUUUAUGCUUUCGUCGAGUUCCUUUUUUUAAACCCAGGAUGCGUACGCACAAAACGGAGAGAGAAAGAAGGAUUUUUCGAGAAUCGUGAUCGUCCAGCAUAUUUGUUCUCGAUCUCGUUAACGUCGACGUUUUAUUUCUACCCAUAAAACGAAAAUUACUUUUUUUUUUCUUUUUUCUCUCUUUCUUUCUUUUCCACUAUUUACUAGUUUCUAGUAAACAUCUCUAUGUAAUAUUUUUAUCUAUUAAGAUUCUUGUCGUUUUGUUAGAAAAUAUAAGAAAAAAAUAAAAAAAAAGGAAAAAGAAAAAAGAAAAAAAAAGAAAAAAAAAACGUCGACAAUCACGAAAGAUCGAGGUACAAGUUGUACAAGAGCGGCUAAGCGUCGGCCCUGGCUGGUUCCUCGCGAGGAAGUAAAAGCGUCGUGCACUCUCCUUAAUAAUUAAAUCAUGCACCGACUCGAUCGAUACAUACCGUGUAAUCUAAUUCGCCUUGAGUGAUACACGGCGUAUAUUUUGUUGCGUGCAUGUGGAACGUGUACGUGUAUAAACGAAGUAUAAAUAUUGCUAGGUAUAUACGUAUAAAUAAUAAACAAAUAUAUAUAUAUAUAUGUAUGUAUGUAUCUAUGUAUGUAUACAGAUACAUAUACAUAUAUAUAUAAAGAGUAUAAAGAUAUAAAUAAUGUGUGUAUAUAUACGUAUAAUAUGCGUGCUCAUAAUGUGUGUAUGUACGUGCGAUUGUAUUCUUGCGUUAAUCCCUUUACCUUCGCCACGUCGAACGACACCUUUGCGUUUGAUUAUGGCAUGGAAAGAAAUUGUAGUAUGAAAUAAAAACAGAAAAGGAGAGGGGAGAAGAGAAAGAGAGAGAGAGAGAGAAAGAAAUUAAAAAUGUCGUUCGGUGUUGCAUGAAGAACAUUCGAAGGGGAUUUCGGUGGCCCGUGUAAUUAAUUAAUUAACGAUGGUAAGGGUCGUCGUGGAUGAUUAAACAUAAUAAUUUCUAUUCGUGAAGUUAUAUACGGGUGUACUUCAUUAUCAACGCACUCUGACUCUUUCGUGCCACGAAAUAACGCACGGGUAGUAACGUUUUCGAAGUGAUCUAGAUAAAGGGAUCACUUUCUGUGUGUGACGAAGGCUUACGUAAAAAGAAAAAGAAAAAAAAAAAAGAAAAAAAAGAAUAAAAUAAAAUUUAAUAAAAGAGAAAAAUAUGAGAGAAGGGAUAAAGAAGAUGAAGAAGAAGAAGACGACGAGGAAGAUGGAAAGGUUGAAGAGGAAGACGAAGAGGUAAAUGGAAAUGAAAGAUUUAUAUGGACAUAGGAUCGAAAAUAUUUCGACAGGUGUAUGUAUAUGUGUAUGUGUAUGUGUAAAUGUAUAUACAUACAUAUAUAUGUAUAUAUAUAUAUAUAUAUGUAUGUAUGUAUGUAUAUAUAUAUGUAUAUGUAUAUAUAUAUAAAUAGAUAAAAGGAUUACGUUUGUGUACGAAGGGAAGAAGGGAUUCAGGCGCGCCGAGUGUGUACGCCCACCUUCGAUGCCUCAUUGAACCUCAUCUAAUGCUUUUUUAUCUGUACAUUUACAAUUUGUGUACCAAUGAGGAACGUUGUUUAAUCAUGUUGUUGAUGUUAUUGUUAAAGAAUGAGAUUCAAUAUUGUACAUAACUAUAUAUUCAUUAUAAUUGACGAUAUAAAUAAUUAUAUACAUAAAAGGUAUGAAAUUACAAGAGUCCCAUUAUGCCUCACGUUUCGGUGUGCGAUAUUCACAUCAGAGUUUGUAAUAAAAGAGAACGGAUGUCCUAUUUCGAGCGUGUCCCGAAUAGGGUCAUACCGUUCACAUGAUCGAUAA